AUCAUCCAUUUAGCGUUUUUAUAAAGCCUAGUGAUUCGCUUUCUCUUCUUCCUCAUCGAUAACCAACAACCGAAAACUAGGGUUCUCUAAUCUCGACGAAGAUGGCGUCGCAGAAGGCUAAGGAUAUCGUUAACAGCGAUUCAGUCGUUGUUUUCAGCAAGACUUAUUGUCCGUAUUGCGUGAGAGUGAAGGAGCUUUUGCAACAAUUGGGAGCUAAAUUCAAGGCCGUUGAGCUCGACAACGAAAGUGAUGGUAGCCAAAUUCAAUCAGCUCUCGCAGAAUGGACAGGACAACGCACCGUGCCUAAUGUGUUUAUAGGAGGAAAUCACAUCGGUGGCUGCGAUGCAACAACAAACUUGCAUAAAGAUGGGAAGUUGGUUCCCCUGUUAACUGAAGCUGGAGCGAUCGCAGGAAAGACUGCAACAACUUCUGCUUAAGAGUACAUCCAUUUGUGCUUGCUUCUAUCAGGAAUAAAGAGGUUUGAGUCAUAAAUGUGAACUUGUUUUGUGUCAAGUUAAGAAAUAUUCUGAUGUUUUAAGAUUAUGGUUAUGUCGAAGUCGGAUUUGAACUUCGGAUACAUUAUGUUAUUAUCUUCUGGCUAUGCUUUUGGUACCAUUUUGGGGGUA